UUUUAGCCCUGAAACAGAACACACCAUAGAAACCCUAAUUUGGAGUCUCUGCCUCAAAAGAGCGGACUGCCAAGAGGUAACUGGUAAGCCUCCCGAAAGUGGUAGACGAGUACGAUCUUCAACACCACUCGAGAUGGCUGAAGAGCAAGCUAAGAGAGGGUGUGUGGUUCCGGAAUCUGUUUUGAAGAAACAGAAGAGGAACGAGGAGUGGGCUUUGGCAAAAAAGCAGGAGCUUGAAGCUGUGAAGAAGAAAAAUGCUGAGAACCGGAAGCUGAUUUACAACAGAGCUAAGCAUUACGUUGAGGAGUACGAAGAGCAGCAAAAGGAACUGAUUCAAUUGAAGCGUGAGGCUAGGUUGAAAGGCGGAUUUUAUGUCAACCCUGAAGCAAAGCUUUUGUUCAUUAUUCGCAUCCGUGGUAUCAAUGCUAUGCACCCAAAAACAAGGAAAAUAUUGCAGCUUCUGCGUUUGAGACAGAUUUUCAAUGGCGUCUUCCUUAAAGUCAACAAAGCUACAAUGAAUAUGCUGCACAGGGUUGAGCCUUAUGUGACUUAUGGGUACCCCAAUUUGAAGAGUGUGAGGGAAUUAAUUUACAAGAGGGGGUAUGGCAAGCUGGACAAACAGAGGAUUGCUUUGACUGAUAAUUCAAUAGUCGAACAGGCUCUGGGCAAAUAUAACAUUAUCUGUGUGGAAGAUCUUGUUCAUGAGAUCUUGACAGUAGGGCCUCGUUUUAAGGAGGCUAACAAUUUCCUCUGGCCAUUCCAACUUAAGGCACCAUUGGGUGGUCUGAAGAAGAAGAGGAAUCACUAUGUAGAAGGAGGAGAUGCUGGGAACCGUGAAGAUUAUAUCAAUGAGUUCAUCAGGAGAAUGAACUAAAUUUUGAUAUUAUUUAGUGUUUUCAAGGUUUUGAGGUUCUUUAGAUUCUCUCAGUGGGAAGUGGAAAACCCUUUUAUCUUAGCUUUUGUCUCUUGUUUCAAGUUGUUUUAAGCUUUAAACCUUUAAUGGUGUUGAGAACUUUUUGUUGUUAUUGUUAUUGUUAUUGUUAUUGUUGUUUUGGGAUUAAUAUCAGAGAAACCUUGUUUCCUUUCCAAAUGUCUUUUGGGAUGCAUGUCAACCAUUUUAUAUGCCUGCAUAG